AAGACUUCGAUGACGUUUGGAAGAGGCGACAAGAGAGUACGGAGGCUAAGAUGGCGGCGGUUGAUGCUGGCGAGGAGGAAGUCGGUGGCGUCUGCCAGCACCACGCACAGCAGACGAUCUGCGCAUCGCGCGCCAAGUAUCGUGAAGGGCGCAGGCCACGAGCAGUGAAGGUUUACACUGUCAAUUUAGAGUCUCGAUAUUUGUUAAUCCAAGGUGUUCCUGCAUUGGGAGUUAUGAAGGAGCUAAUUGAACUUUUUGCAUUGUAUGGUACCAUCGAAGAAUAUAAUCCACUAGAUGGUUAUCCAGCAGAAGAAUUUACUGAAGUGUACUUGAUCAAGUUUUUAAAAAUACCAAGUUCAAGGGCAGCCAAAAGAAAACUGGAUGAGCGGAAUUUCUUUGGCAGUUUGCUACAUAUAUGCUAUGCUCCAGAAUUUGAGAGUGUCCAAGAGACCAGAGACAAAUUAAGAGACAGACGAAAAUAUAUAGCAAAAGCAACCAAUUUCAAAGAGCAAUCAUUGGAGACAAAACAGGAUUGUGGUAUACGUUCUUCAAAGAUCAUGCCGUUGGAUCGUGGAUCAUGGACAUCUGAAACAGCCAUUAGCAAAUGGAAUCCAGCAACAUAUAUACAGGACCCCUGUCAAUCUUCCUGUUGCACAUUAUUACUGAAGCACAUUAGAUCUCCCACAGAACAGCAUUGCCAGAAUCUGUUAGUAGCCCCUCACUAUUCUCAUGAUCAUGCUACAGUAUCUGCAUGCUUUAGCCAAAGCAUGCAGGUGGGUAAGAAGCCACAGCCAAGAGAACAUGACACAUUGGCUUGCUGGAACCUAGAAAGAAAAGAUCCAUCUUAUGAAGGUCUUGGAAGAUUCAUGCCCCGAACUACACAACUUCAGGAACGAAAGAGGAGAAGAGAUGAAGACAACAAACUUGCCCUUUUGGGAAGAGAGCCUAAUGGUGAAGAAAUCAUGUUUGGCCCAAGGCUACCAGAAAUACCUAAAAUAGAUAUGGAUGAUGAUUCACUGAAUACCUCGGCAAUCUUAAUUCGUAAUAGACUAAAGAAGAUUGCUGAUCCAGUUCAAACUUCAAAGUCAUCUGAAGAAUUAUUUGUGGAAAAUCAAAUAAAACCAGUAAUAAAGCAGAGGCGGCGUAUAUAAGUAUUUCUGAUUGUAUGUUAUGUUUAUAUUUGAUUCACAAACAGGUAGGCUCUGACUGUUUCUAGACAAAGAAAUAUUGCUUCAUUUGCUAACAUGAAGCAGUUCUUGUAAAAUUUAAAGUUAUUAUCCAUUAUGUUGAAAUGUAUUGAUGUCUGUGAAUGUUAUCACCUUAUUUCUUGUGCUUCUAAUGCUAUCCUGUGAUAGCAUUGGGUCUACCCAGCUAUAUUACAUUUCAUUCAUUGUAUUUUACUUGCAGAUCUACAACUCGGGAGCAUCUUGGAAAGCCUGUGACUCAAAGGACAUCCUGCACUGUAAAGGAAAUAAUAAACAUUUU